UUUCCCAGUGUGGACGCUUGUGUCUGCAGUAAUCAUAAGAACUUGUGCUUCAGCAACAAGGAAAAAAAACAUUUUAGGAAGGUAGAAAGUGUGUGUGAGCUGAGGUGAAUUCAGCAGCAUGGAUCAGUGUGAGGACACGGAUGAGACGGCUCCUCUGCUCCGGCAUCAGCAGAGUCGGAGCAAAGCUCAGAGUGCAGCACAGCAGAGCACACAACGUUCUGCAGGACCUGAACCGGAACCCAGCAGCGAGUCCUCCAAUCUGGUCUCUAGAUGUCUGCAGUGGUGUUGCUCUCUCUGUAAUACUCAGAGACCAGACUCUCCUGAACCUGGACCUGAACCCAUGCCAGAAUCUGAGCCAGUAUUGGGAUUCGAACCAGAACCAGAACCUGCUGAAUCAGAAGCUGAGCCUACGUCUGAACCUGCUGUUUUAGAAUCUGAACCAACACCUGAACUUGUGCCAGGACCUGAACCAGGAUCUGAAUCUGUUCCUGAACCUGUACCCGAGUCUCUACUUGUUGAAUCAGAAGGUGAACCAGGACCUGGACCUGAACCCGUCUCUCAACCCGAAUGUUCUCCUGUAAUCUUUCAAGUUCACCUUGAUGCUGCUGCACCCAGUUCUUCCAGUUCACAGAUCCACAGACCCGACCAUGUGAACUCUGAGGAUCAGGAUAAACGCUGUGAAGAGAUCCACAGACUGUGGGACGAUUCUGAAUUAAAAUGUUGGCUGUUGGAAACUUUGGAAGAUUUGGACACCAGGGAGCUGAAAUAUUUCCACUGGUACCUGCAGAAUGCCGAUGAAUCAGUGGACGGCUUCAGAUCCAUCAAAAAGAGUCGUCUGGAGCAUGCGGACAGGUUGGACACAGUAGAUCUGAUGGUGCAGAUGUACACCACCGAGGCCAGAGAGGUGGCGGAGAAGAUUUUAACAAAGCUCGACAGCAUUACAGAAAAGUGUUUUCCUGAAGAGAUGCUGCAGGAUGACGCUUCCGUUCCCGCUGCUGCAGCAGAUAAAGAGCUUUCUGUGAUGCUGAGUGACUUCAUUAAGAAGGUGUCGAAAGAAAACCUUACGCAGCUCUUGGAGUCUCUGAUAACAGACAACGUUCUGACUGAUCUGGAAAGGGCCUCCAUACUCGAGGAGAACCACACCAGAGUAAAUAAGGCCAGCUGCUUUGCUGAUGUUGUGAGAGAAAAAGGAGAUGAAGCCUGCAAGAGGAUGAUCGGACAUCUUGAAAUCAUAAAUCCUUCACUAUCCUCCGAGCUGGGUUUGCCCUCUGAACACGUACCUAAAUCUGAAACUAAAUCACAGCCUGAACCUGUUCCUGAGCCUGAACCUGCACCUCGUCCUGAACAAUAUUCCCCCUCUCCUCAGAAGUAA